UUGCACUAUUUACAAACAGCGAAUGCGAUCACAAAUAAUGGCGGCACUACCCCCAGAGCGUUCAUCGUACUCGCUGCCCUUUCACACAACCGGCGUUGAUUUCGCUGGACCAUUUAUGGUAAAAACCUCCCCCCUGCGACGAGCGUCUCACACAAAAGCAUACGUUUGCGUAUUCGUAUGCUUUUCCACAAAAGCUGUCCAUUUAGAAUCAUGCACAGAUUUGACCACCGAAGCAUUCAGAGCCGCAUUCACUCGAUUCGUCGGCCGCCGCGGGCUGCCAAACAAAAUUAUGUCCGAUAACGGGAAGACGUUUAUUGGAGCACAGCGGGCUAUCCAGCGUGAUUUUGCUUUAUUUCUGAAAGAGGCAGCUUCGGAUGUCGCUGCACGAUAUGCGGUACAGGGACUCUCUUGGCAGUUCAUACCGCCAUACGCCCCUCACAUGGGCGGUCUGUGGGAAGCCGCCGUAAAAAGUUUUAAAACCCACUUCACUAAAGUCGCUGGAAACCAAAAAUUCACCUUUGAGGAAUUCACCACUCUCCUCAUUCGAAUCGAAGCAGUCCUCAACUCGCGCCCUCUCUCCCCCAUGUCACAAGAUCCAAGCGACUUAUUAGCUUUAACGCCAGGCCAUUUUCUCCGCGGGGCUCCCUUGGUUUCCCUACCUGAGCCGAAUGCCGAAAAUGUAUCGCUCCAUACCAAAUGGCAAAAAUUGAAAGUCCUCCAUCAGCAAUUCAGCUCACGUUGGAAAACCGAGUACCUACAAGAAUUGCACAGGAGAUAUAAGUGGAAACACCCACAACUCAAUAUCCGCGAAGGAGAUUUUGUGGUGAUCAAAGAUGAUCUCUUGCCUCCCACUGACUGGCGCCUUGGCCGAGUCACCAAACUCCACUUUGGGGCGGACCAAAACGUACGAGUGGUAGAUGUUCGAACACAAGCCGGCAUAGUCACUCGAAACGUCACUAAAAUAUGCGUAUUACCCUCAUAACAGUAUACCACCCUCUAGUGCCCCCUCGGACACUUCCUCCACCGCUCAGAAUUACUCAUAAACAUACAUAAAAUUUAUAUCUGUUCUCCCCACACAGCGCACACCCAUGCCAUCGGUUAUAUCACUAAUCCCGUCUUUCGAAAUUCUCUUUCCAGGUAGUAAUCGUUCGGUAUGGAAUUCAGCAAGUGCCGUUUAUGCUGCCGCUUCCACAGUUUGCGUUUUUGCCACGCCUUUAGAGCGAUGACACCAGAGGAGAGAUAUGAGUCCGCAAAAAUCCAUCGCUACUGUAUAAACUGUUUAGCCACAUCCCACGCCACCGGCGUGUGUGAUUCAGCCGAUAGUUGUCACCGUUGCGGAAAAGCACACCACACCAUGUUGCACCGCUCUGUAUCGCCACCACCAGAACGCCGCCGUCGAGAUGAGGCUCGCGGAAAAGCAGGCCGCCGCGAGAUAUCGUCGACCAGCAAGGCCGUACGAAAGCCGACCAGGAAAGCCGAAGGCCGGACCGCCGUCCAGCCACGCAUCCACGAUCUUUUCAGCCAGGCGGUCUUGACUCUAGAAAAGCUCAAAGAGCUGCUCCACAUCACUCCGGCACAGGCGGGCCGGCAUGUUGAGAACAUGAGUGCGAACCUCAUCGAUUUGUGAAAGACGACAUCCACUAUUUAGUUGCAAACCUUAACAUCCUUUUUUUCUUGAAUUUUAAUAUUGCCAUAUGAAUUGUAAUGUUCUGGAUAUGUAUUAAUUGUCUUGCUAACAUUGCCAUAUGAAUUGUCAUUUUCUGAAUAUCAAUUGCUUUGCAACCUUGCAUACAUAUGCUCGUAUAUCGUAGAUUAGGGUGGCGUGUUACUUCAAUUUGUCCUUUGUAAAUUAUACGCGACGAUACGGGACCACCCGAUCGCGCAAAUCUUAAGUUGAUUAUUACGCUUCUGACCGCCAUCGAGAUCACCUCCACUGAAUUCCUUGAAAUCGAAAAACACCGUUGUAACUAAUAAUUAGCUGAAUAAAUUAAACAUUUGUAGAUUGUGAACAUAAAAGGCACCCCUUUCUUUUAUUCACGCAUUUAAAGGCCUCCGUGGUACAAUAGUGCACUCUGCACGUACAUAAUCAGCGAGCGUAAAUAGUC